UCAACUAUCUCGUGAGUUCAUAUUAUUACUUCACAAGCACAAAAUGAGAGAAAACAAGAUGCAUCUUAAAAGAAGCAAUGGGACUCUAAGAGGUUUCAAAAGCUUUCCUUAACCUGCCGUUGCCAAGACAUGCCACUCCCCGGGUAGACACAGUGAGAUGAACCCACAACAGCUUCAUACAGAAGAAGACCUGAAUCUAUAGACAGAAUGGAGUAAAGUCUGUAUCCACCACUGGAUAAAAGAGCGGCUCUACACAGUCAGAGACUUGUAAAAACAAGUCAAGGAGCCAAAAGGAGGCCACUACUCUGAGGCUCUGCCGUAGGCACGAUGGACACUACACAGAAGAAGAGAGACAGCUCUCCAAGCAAUGUCUCUAUGAAGAGUGACCAUUCAAAAAGCCAUCCUCCAAAUUUCAGCCAGGACCCUGAUUCAGAAGAAGACUGGAGACCUCCAUGUCCUGAGAAAGACAAAAUGGAUACCAUGCAUCAAGAGAGAGACAAGUCUUUGGGUUGCUCAUCUCUGAAGAGUUGUAGGUCAAAGAGCCCUCCUCUGGCUUUUAAACCUGGCACUAUUGAAGACAGGCAAGAUGUGAAUGUGAGUCCCCAGGGGGCACAUUUGCCUGUUGGAGGAGCACAAACGGUACAGAGAGGAAAUUACCUUGAUGAAUUCCCACCAACAAUUGACGACUGGACCAAAGAACAAGUGAAAGAUUGGCUCAUCCUUAGUCUUAGAAUACCACAGCACAUUGCACAAAAACUCUGCGACCAAGAACUGUCAGGAGCUUGCUUGGUCUCCUUUGAAAAACAAGACCUGUUAGAAUUAGGUGUGCCUCCAGCGCCAGCAAUCCAAAUCAUACGACAAGUUGAGAAGUUAAAGAGCCAUACAGGGACAUUUGGAGGAAGUGUGAGGAUACCAAAAAGUCAUUGUGAACCCGAAUCAGGUGAACACAGGGCAAGCACAGAUACACAGGAUGUGUCAGGAAACCUUGAUGAAUCUAUGGAAACUGAAACUGUAUCAUCAGACUCUGGAAUUCAAAGUUUAAGCUCUACAGUGUCCAUAAUACAGACAUUGAGACAUAAAAUAAAGUCUGUAACAGAUGACAGGACAACAGAUGAUAAGAGAUUAAAUAGAGAAAAUACAGAGGACGCAACAUCUCAGCCUCUGAGGAAACCAAUAUCUCUGACCCGGCCCUUUGACAAAAGUGACCCAUCUUUCAUCUACAAACAAAAUGACAUUCUUCCUCCCAUAGCUGGUCCAAGCAAUCUUCUUGACCCUGUCCAUGAGUAUCAGCUCCUGCCUAACACAAAUGAGGCCAGCGAAAGAGAGAUCCUUUAUGAAUUCACAAAGGAAGUAUUUUGUUUUGCUGCAAGCUGUAUGAAUUCACGCACCAAUGGUACUAUUCAUUUUGGAGUUAAAAUCCAAUCAGGCCAGGCACAUGGCCAAGUGAUUGGACACAAGGUCACUUCUUUCAGUAAAUAUCAAGAGGCAUUUGAAUCUUGUCUGAAUGAGCACUUUCAAGAAGACAGAAAUGUUGCCAGAGCAUGUAUCAGGCCACCCAAAUUCUUCCAAGUUCACAAUCAGUACGGAACAACUUCAGACAAAUGGGUGAUUGAGGUUGAUGUAGUUCCAACAUAUUCAGAGACGAAAGAGAAGGUUUUCUAUACUGUCUUAAAUAUUGCAUCAAUUGAAAAGGAGCAACAGUGCAAAACUGAGUGUCUGUUUGUCCGGGAGGGCCUGAGGGCAGUUAAUAUUUUAUCAGAUCCUAAUCCCCGGAUAGUUCAGGAGAAGAUAAAAAGUAUUACUGAUAAAGUCAAAUGUUGGGCAGCAGCACGCAACUCAGUAGAAGAGAAGAAUGACAGGCACCUCACCCAAGGCCACCAGGGCCACCAGGGCCAAAGACUCAAACAAAUCAUAACUCGUGGUAGAGAUUUGUUGGAGAAUUCCACUGAAGUCAUUGUUGUUACUAACAAAUGCCAUUCAAGCCAACUGGAACACUUGGGUUUUCUGAAAGAGAUGAAGUUGUUUGCAGUACUUGAGUUUGACCCAGAGUCUGAUGUUGAUGGAACAUGCAGUUUUUACCGAAGGGAUCGCAUAGCUAAUCUGCACUACCCUCAGAUGUACGUAACCCAGGACAGUAUACCAACUGUUAUUGGAAAGCUGAACCUAUUUAAGCAAACAAGUUGGGUCUUCUGCAAUGGACGGGUGAAUGAAGAAAGUGAAAUAGACAAACCAUUAACAACUAGUGAAUGGCUGAAGAAACGCUCUGGCGAUGUCACCAACAUGGUUUCAUUUCUCUGUAAUCCAGAUCUGCUUUCUAAGGACAGACUACUUGUUGUCUUCAUUCUUCACUCAGCCAUCACUGACAUCUCAAGCCCUCUUAUGGAGACAUUUUGUGCAAUUUACCGCACACUGGAAGGGGAUGACAACAUGUUGUGCAUAUGCAAAGACACUAAUGUGUUCAGGGAUUGGAAGCAAAUGGUAGAAACUCGUUGUAAAGUGGAUAUCACUGGUAAAUGCAUCUAUGAACUGAGUCUGAAUGAAAUCAAUAGUACCAUCCAAAAGCUGAAAGAGCCUCAAACACGGUCUUCUAGGAGAUACUUGCCAUCCUCUGCCUCAAGCUCAGUCCUCCUCACAAAGAGAGAUGAGGAACUGAUGACUGUUCUAGACAUUUUAAGUGAAAAUGAAUGUGAGAACACAGAAAUCGAAACAAAUGAGUCUUUUCAAGAGUUUAAGAAGAAAACCGAGGAGGACUUUUACAGAGGGGGACAAGUUACAUGGUGGAACUUUUACCUUUCUGAGAGGCCAGGUUGCCACCCAUUCAUCAAACGAGACAAAUACCAGGAACUAUAUGACCUGAUCACUCCAGUGCAGGGCUACACAUCUCCAUGUGUCAUGAUUAAUCUUUUUCAUCACCCAGGCUGUGGAGGAACAACUCUAGCAAUGCAUGUUCUUUGGAGCUUAAGGAGAAAAUUCAGAUGUGCUGUUGUAAAAAAUAACAUAGCACAAAACAGUGAGAUUGCAGUACAAGUCAAAAACCUGCUGACCUAUGGCAAACAGGAGGAGUCAGGCUAUACACCUGUUUUGCUGUUGGUGGACAACUGGGAUGAUGUAGAGGAAUUAAAACAGUGUAUCCUCAGUGUGGGCAGUGAAAGAAAGCAAAACAGCAAUGUAAUGGUAAUCAUACUGAACUGUGAGAGGUCCCAGUUCCCUGAUGAGAGCUCCAGGAAUAGUCGGACUGCAAAUGUGUUCAUUACCAACAAGCUGUCUACUCAAGAGCAAAGUUUGUUUUCUGAGAAACUGAGACAACUCAAGGCUUACCAUGACCAACCUGAAACGUUCUAUGCCUUCAUGAUCAUGACCAAAAAUUUCAGUGAGGAUUACAUCAAGAAUCUGGUGAGCAACAUUGUUAAAGAUCUUGACACCACUACCCAAAAAGGAAAGCUCUUCUCCUUCUUAGCUGUGCUUAACACCUAUGUCAAUGGCUCAUACAUUUCGCUCUCUCUGUGUGAAGAGUUAGUGGGCAUACGGAAUGCCUUUUGGAAGAGAGAAACACUUGAGGAAAAAAUGAAUCCAUAUUCAACACUGCUGAUAAAUUUCAUUGUUGAAGAGCAUGGCACCUAUCAAGCAGUUCGGUUCUUACAUCAACUGAUUGCCAGUAACUGUCUGGAGGUCCUUGCUCAGAAACACAAACUCUCUCUAGCUGAGAUUACAAUAAACCUCUUGCACUGUGACUGUCUCUACAAAUCAUUCAUGGGAAAGGACAUCCUCAUCCAAAACAUUCAAAGCAUGCUGAUCACUCGUCACCGAAAAGAACAGGGGGGUGACAAAGACACAUUAUUCUCACCUCUGAUUGAGGCUAUAGAUGAAGAAGAGGGACCUGACAAAAUCAAAGAAGUCUUAGAAAAAGCAAUAGUCAGAUUUGACAGAAGCGCAACAUUGCCACAAGCAUUGGCAAGACACUUCUAUCUGAAAGAGAAAGACUUUAAAUCUGCCAUCCAGUGGGCUAGAGAUGCACAAAGAAAAAAUCCUGUAAAUUCCUACAUUGCAGACACAGUUGGACAGGUGUACAAGAGCCAACUCAAACAGGAAAUUGUGGAACAUUCUGAUGGUAUCACUCCUGAAGCCCUUAAUACAUGUCUGCAAUUAGCAUCCUGUGCCAUAAAUGCAUUCAAGGACUCACAGGAAUUGGCUAAGAAGGAUGAACCAGUAGAUCAGUUUGAUCUACACAACAAAAAGAGAAAAAAAUCCUACAAUACAUCAGGCUAUGUAGGAGAGACAGAAGUCAUGAUGACCCUUCUUGAGGUUAUUAAAGAUAUUCCUCUUUUCAAUGGCCGUGACAGAUAUAAGAGGGACACAAUGCUGCAGUUCCUCAACGGUCACUUCCCAGCGAAGAAUUUUCAUGAAAUUAACAACACAACCAUGGACCAGUUUGUUGCUGUCCUGGCAGACCAUGAGAGAUUUCUGGUCUCCUUGAAGCCAAGCCUCAAGGCUAUGUUCAGUUUCUUUGAGAACUACUUCACGUACCUAAAGCCUAGGUCACUGGAGAGGGAGACAACAGAUGAAAGAAACAAGCGCAAAGUGUCAGAACACUUUAAAAAAUAUGUGGAUAUAUUCUGUAUUUCAGGAGAGGAGAAGGCAUCUGAAAAAGACAACAACCCCAAACUGAGUCUACUUCAGCAGAUAGCAGAUAAGAAGAAUUAUCUGGAAUCAAAAAGAGCUGACACAUUUGCUGGGCUGCUGCAGUGCUUGUAUGAGAAAACUGGUAAGGAAAUGGAGUACAUUCUAAAUAAGUGGCUGUUUGUAUUUGAUAACUCACCAAAUAGAUACAUUUCAGACACAGUCAACUUAAUCCUGGCAAACAUUGUUCUUCACGACAUCAAGCCCAACUCUAAAACUCUAAAGAAAUAUACCGAGUUGGUCUCUCUUCUUAAUGAGGCACUGCAAAAUGAGGGGAUUCAUUCAAAAUGUACAGAACUGUACUACCUUUCCAUGCUGCUCAUUUGGCCCACCAAGGACCACCGACUUGAGGACGUAGAAGCAUACAAAAAUAUCAGCACCUACGUCACAUCAGCCAGGAAAUCAUUUCAUCGCCGUUUCUCUCACAUGUUUCCAGCAAGAAGUGCCAUUGCUCACUUCUUCCUUGGGAAAUCCACUGGACUGGAACGAAUAGUUUCAAAGGCAAAGCUUGAUCACAUUGUGAGCUCUGCCUCACAGCAGAGAUCACAAUGUGACAUGCAUCAACUCUGGCUGACUGGCGCAGUAUGGAAAGAGCCAGAGGUCCAAAAGAUGCUUCUCCGAGUCAAAGGCAAAUCUGAAAACAGUGACAUUUAUGUUAGUUAUGCUGGCAACCUUAAAAUGCUUGUGCGUCCUGCUUACCUGGGUGGUAUUCGCGGAGGUUACAGCCAGGAGAAAGUAUCCUUCUACCUUGGAUUCAGCAUGGAAGGCCCUGUAGCCUAUGAUAUAAGAUAUGAAAAUGCUUAAUGAUCCAAACUGCAACUUACAAAUAUGGCACACAAGAGAAUACUGGAAACAAUAAAUUAUGAAAUUAUGUCUCGCAGAAAGGCUUGGCCCCUCUUUUUUUGAGGGAAAUUGGUAGUAACAAAAAAGAGGUAUCCUGUUUUAGAAACACCAUACCGUAGCUGAAACAGGAAAAAAUGGGUCACAAAAAACUGAAAGGUAAUCUAAAAUGGUAAGAGGAACUCCUGAAACUGACACACUCUAAACAAAAAUUGUACCUCUGUGCUGUACUUCAGAGCUGGUAUUUAUGGCAGGAGUCCCCUUAAGAAACCCAUCCAAGUGCAAAAAGAUGCUUAACGUGGUGUAACGAGCACGAAACCUGGAGCCAUGAGAAAGGAGAAAACAGGAGAGACAGGAAAGAAACAGGAAAGAAAAAGAGAAAAGGGCAGACUUCAACCCACACAGCACAACUCGUAACCAUGGUGUUGGAUCUGAUAUAAUGACAGGCAUCUCCUGGGAGUCCUUCAGUCUGAUGAUUGCUUUCCACCUUAUAUGGUGGUCAAAUAUUAUUAGUAUAUUUUACUGGACCCAAGUGCACCCAAACACUGUUCCCUCAUGAUAUUAAUCAUAUUCAUGUGAUGAAGUGUCAAUCACACUUGUGAGGUAUUUUCAGCUACUUCUAUUGUACCAUGCACCAUCUGUGGUGGUGAAAAUACACUCAUCCAUUAUGAACACUGGGCAUGGAACCAAACUGAGAUGGUUCUUUUUUUUUUUUUUUUUUUAACUUGAGUGGCAGGAGGGGCUGCAGAGAAUCCACUUUAUUUACAGGGAAAGUGACUCCAAAGGCUUGUGUGUGGCUAGAUUUCACACUUCAUACAAACUUUACACUCAUAAAAUAUCAUCCAAGGUGUUCAUUACCAAUAAAUGUAUGUUAAAUCAGUUUGACUGUUAAUAUUAUGUUCAGGUUGGGCUAAAUGUUUCUGUUUAAAAAGUUACGAUACCAGUAAAUGUGUAUAUAAUUAAUGAAUUACACCAUAAACACAUCAAUUUUAUUAAUUUUUCUUAAUACAUUAGAGUUGUUUUGUUGUGUUUUCCAUUAUUCCACUUAUUAAUACAUCUAUUUUUGAGGGGAGGAAAAAAAUGCAAGACGUGAAAUACACUUCAGUGUUGGGGGAAACCUCACCUACACAGUUAGACCUGCUAUAAUAGCUUUGCUGGUCUAUUACCAAAAAUGAGUGAGGUAUUAAUAUUGUUGAAUCCUAAUCUAUCUGAAUGAUGAUUCUUUUUCAUUAUGUAAGUUUGUUGCAUAUUUGUGAGGUUAUGUAUUGUUUCACGCUGAUGUACUGUUUGAUUAAUCUGCUCAUGGAAAGUCUUAAUACAAUGAUUAAAGUCUUUAAAUACUGCUAAAAGAAGGAUGUCUUUUUUAUCAAAUAUGAAAAGGUUCUUUCAUAGUGGCAUAUCAUAAAAAAAAAGUUUCUUCAGGACAGAAUUGCUCAUGCAUCAUGAAAAUAAAACAUAAUGGGACAUUUCAUGCAGCAGUGACAGUAAAUUUGACUGCAGUAUAAUAGGUGUCGGGCUAGUCUCAGGGUGUGAUGCAAGUGUACUGUUGCUGUGUUUUCUCAUUUAGAAAUGUGCAUUUCUGGGUAAAAUCAAAUGUUUUUGCAUCAUGUGUCAGCAUAUCAUCAGUUUCUUUGCCAAAAAAUGAGAAUUACCCAUCAUAUCUAAAACAUAAAUGAGAUGCCCAUUGUUACGCAGUGAAUUUCAUCCAUCAAAUUCUUUUUGACGCAUGCAAUGCAUUUUUGUCCCAUGG